ACGUCACCAGGAGGGUAUCGGCACGCGUAAGUGCGGGGACUGGACGGAGGGUCUGUCCUGGCGGACGCCCGAGGCAGGAGGACGGACGAGCCCGGCGGAGGAAGAAAGCGCCGGCCGAGAGGAGAGGAGCGGCCUCGCGGAGCAGCCCUGCCCACCUCAGGCGCGGCUUCCGCGGUAGGAGGAGGCGGGAAGAAACUCCCGGCCGCUCCGGGGCUGCUAAAAAGCCGCCCCUAAACGGGAUGAGCCGGAGCCGAAGGGAGAUGCGCGGAAGGAGAAGCCGGGAAAAGGAGCGAAAGGCGGAAACAAGGGGAGCCGCCGAGACCCUCCCUGAGUGCGGAGAGUCCUUCAGCACAGACGGAAAACGCGGGAAUCCCCGAGGAAGAAGAACCCGCCAGGGAGAAAAGAAACACCAAUGCACAGAAUGUGAAAGAUCCUUCAAAACAAAUCAGAAGCUUCAAGACCAUCUGAGGACCCACUCAGGAGAAAAACCAUAUCAGUGCCAGGAAUGUGGAAGGAGCUUCAGUGUGAGGGGAAAUCUUUUUAGACAUCAAAUAAUUCACACCGGAGAAAAACCAUAUCAAUGUCUGGAAUGUGGAAGGAGCUUCAAUCAGAGGAGAACACUUGAUAAUCAUCAAAGAAUUCACACAGGAGAAAAACCUUAUCAUUGUGUGGAAUGUGGAAAGAGCUUCAAUGUGAGUGGAAAUUUUUAUAAUCAUCAAAGAAUUCACACUGGAGUAAAACCUUACAAAUGUCUGGAGUGUGGAAAGAGCUUUACUCAUGGUGGAUCCCUCAAUCAACAUCAAAGAAUUCACACUGGAGAAAAACCUUACAAAUGCCUGGAGUGUGAAAAGAGUUUUACUCAGGGGUCACACCUCAGUAAACAUCAAAGAAUUCACAUAGAAGAAAAACCCUACAAAUGCCUGGACUGUGGAAAGUGCUUUACUCAGGGUGGACAUCUCCGUGAACAUCAAAUAAUUCACACAGGAGAAAAACCAUAUAAAUGUCUAGAAUGUGGAAAAAGCUUUACUCAGGGUAGAUACCUCCAUCAACAUCAAAGAAUUCACACAGGAGGAAAAUCCUACAAAUGCUUGGAGUGUGGAAGGAGCUUCAAUCGGAAGCAAUCGGGAAGUUUUUAUAGACAUCAAAGAAUCCACACUGGAGAAAAACCUUAUCAAUGUGUAGAAUGUGGAAAGAACUUUGGUCAAAAAAGCAGUCUUUAUAUACAUCAAAGAAUCCACUCAGGUGAAAAACCUUACAGAUGCCUGGAAUGUGGAAAGAGCUUCAGUGUGAGGGGAAGUUUUGAUAAUCAUCAAAGAAUUCACACUGGAGAAAAACCUUACAAAUGCAUGGAGUGUGGAAAGAGCUUUACUCAGAGUGGAACCCUCCGUCAACAUCAAAGAAUUCACACAGGAGAAAAACCCUACAAAUGCUUGGAGUGUGGAAGGAGCUUCAAUCUGAAGAAAAUUCUUGAUAAUCAUCAAAAAAUUCAUAGUGGAGAAAAACCGUAUCAAUGUCUGGAGUGUGGAAAGAGCUUCAAUAUGAGAGGAAAUCUUUAUAGACAUCAAAGAAUUCACACUGAAAAAAAACUCUACAAAUGCCUGCAAUGUGGAAAGAGCUUUGCUCAUGGUGAUACCCUCCAUCAACAUCAAAGAAUUCACACAGAAGAAAAACUCUACAAAUGCAUGGAGUGUGGAAAGAGCUUUACUCAGGAUGCAGACCUCCGUCAACAUGAAAGAAUUCAUACCAGAGUAAAACCCUACAAAUGUCUGGAGUGUGGAAAAAGCUUCAGUGCGAGGGGAAAUCUUUACAGACAUCAAAGAAUACACUCAGGAGAAAAACCCUUCAAAUGCCUGGAGUGCGGAAAGAGCUUCAAUGUGAAGGGAAAUUUUAAUAAUCAUCAAAGAAUUCAUACUGGAGAAAAACCCUACAGAUGCCUGGUGUGUGGAAAGACCUUUACUCAGCUUGGAAACCUCCAUCAUCAUCAAAGAAUUCAUACUGGAGAAAAACCCUACAAAUGCCUAGAGUGUGGAAGGAGCUUUACUCAGGAUGGACACCUCCGUCAACAUCAAAGAAUUCACACGAGAAAAACCAUACCUUUCCAUAUGGGCUGGAACAUAUCUCUUCCCAACACGGGUGUUGAGCAGCAAGCAGAGAAAGCCAGAUAUAUGCCAGGGGAGAUGCCAGGAGGGAGAAGCCGGGAGAAGGAGGGAAAGGCGGGAAUUAGCGGAGCCGCUGAGACGCUCCCGGAGUGCGGAGAGUCCUUCAGCACAGAAGGAAAACGCGGGAAUCCCCGAGGAAGAAGAACCCGCCAGGGAGAAAAGAAACACCAAUGCACAGAAUGUGAAAAAUCCUUCAAAACAAAUCUGAAGCUUCAAGACCAUCUGAGGACCCACUCAGGAGAAAAACCAUAUCAGUGCCAGGAAUGUGGAAAGAGCUUCAGUGUGAGGCGAAACCUUUGUAGACAUCAAAUAAUUCACACUGGAGAAAAACCAUAUCAGUGUCUGGAAUGUGGAAAGAGCUUCAAUCUGAAGGGAAUUCUUGAUAAUCAUCAAAGAAUUCACACUGGAGUAAAACCCUACAAAUGUCUGGAGUGUGGAAAAAGCUUCAGUGUGAGGGGAAAUCUUUAUAGACAUCAAAGAAUUCACACACGAGAAAAACCUUACCAACGUGGGGAAUGUGGAAAGAACAAGAGUUGUCUUUAUAUACAUCAAAGAAUCCACUCAGCAGAAAAAUCUUACAAAUGUCUGGAGUGUGGAAAGAGUUUCAAUGUGAAGGGAAAUUUUUAUAGACAUCAAAGAAUCCAUACUGGAGAAAAACCUUAUCAAUGUGUGGAAUGUGGAAAGAACUUUGGUCAAAAAAGCAGUCUUUAUAUACAUCAAAGAAUCCACUCAGGUGAAAAAUCUUACAGAUGCCUGGAAUGUGGGAAGAGCUUCAGUGUGAGGGGAAGUUUUGAUAAUCAUCAAAGAAUUCAUACUGGAGAAAAACCUUACAAAUGCAUGGAGUGUGGAAAGAGCUUUACUCAGAGUGGAACCCUCCGUCAACAUCAAAGAAUUCACACAGGAGAAAAACCCUACAAAUGCUUGGAGUGUGGAAGGAGCUUCAAUCUGAAGAAAAUUCUUGAUAAUCAUCAAAGAAUUCACACUGGAGAAAAACCGUAUCAAUGUCUGGAGUGUGGAAAGAGCUUCAGUAUGAGGGGAAAUCUUUAUAGACAUCAAAGAAUUCACACUGAAAAAAAACUCUACAAAUGCCUGCAAUGUGGAAAGAGCUUUGCUCAGGGUGAUACCCUCCAUCAACAUCAAAGAAUUCACACAGAAGAAAAACCCUACAAAUGCAUGGAGUGUGGAAAGAGCUUUACUCAGGGUGGCCACCUCCAUCAACAUCAAAGAAUUCACACAGGAGAAAAACCCUACAAAUGCAUGGAGUGUGGAAAGAGCUUUACUCAGGGGGGACAUCUUCGUCAACAUCAAAGAAUUCACACAGGAGAAAAACUCUACAAAUGUCUGGAGUGUGGAAAGAGCUUCAAUAUGAAGAGUUUUAAUAAACAUCAAAGAAUUCACACUGGAGAAAAAUCCUACAGAUGCUUGGCGUGUGGAAAGAUGUUUGCUCGAAUUGGACUCCUCCGUCUCCAUCAAAGAAGUCACACUGGAGAAAAACCAUAUCAAUGUCUGGAUUGUGGAAAGAGCUUCAGUGUGCGGGGAAAUUUUUUUCGACAUCAAAGAAUUCACACUGGAGAAAAACCAUAUCAAUGUCUGGAGUGUGGUAAGAGCUUCAGUGUGAGAGGGAGUCUUUAUAGACAUCAAAGAAUUCACACUGGAGAAAAAUCCUACAAAUGUCUGGAAUGUGGAAAGAACUUUGCUCGGGAUGGACACCUCUGUCAACAUCAAAGAAUUCCCAACAAAAAAAAAACCUCGAGUGUGGAAAGAGCUUCACUAACAGGAGAAAUCUUUAUAAACAUCAAAGAAACCAUUCAAAUAGUUAAGAAAGUUAAAUAUUUGGGAAUAUAGUUAACAGCAAGAUAUGCAGUGAUAAAUGAAGAGAAGUAUAUAAAAUUACUUAAGCAAAUUAAAUUAGAUUUUGAAAAAUGGAAAAUCUACAUCAGUACUUUGCGGAAUUGCUACAGUAAAAAGAAUAUCCUACCAAAAUUACUUUUCCUGUUCCAAACAGCACCUAUAAAAUUGAAAUCAAAGGAUCAGGCAUGAUUCACUUGGAUUCAACCUCUUACAGAGAAGAAAAAUUAGAAAUGUAUGGAGUGGGGAAAAUCCUUCAGAACAAAUCGAAAUCUCCAAAAUUAUGUAAGAAUCUACAUGGGAAAGGAACCUUGUAAAUGGAGAGAGCAUGGCUAACAUGUUUCAGUAACCAGCAAAAUCAGUUCAGCUCUGAAUGAAAUUGUAUAAGGUUUCUCAAGGUAAACGUCUGAAACAUUUUGCUAUUGUUUUUAUAACUAGUCAGUAAAAAGUAACCACAGUCCACAUUGGUUCAGUUUUACUAUUGUUUAGUAUGGUUAAAUAAAGGAACAUUUUACUAUC